AUGGAGUCAACUUCUGCGAGUGACAACAAUCUUCAACAAUGUUGUGAAUCCAAUCAUACGUUUGAGCCUCGGACACCACAAGCGCCCUGUAACUUGUUAAGCCCACGACAUAUAUCGCAAAAUACGAGGACAUACAUUCUAUCGCCUCGUGUUGUUGUUACACCACAACAAAAGGAACUGGAUGGAACAGAGAACAGUUUAUGGGUUGCAGUAGAAAUAUCUGGCAAGCUCUCUCAAAUAUCUUCCACCAAGGCACCCUUCGCCGACGAGCCAGAGGCCAAUGUUGUACCCGGAACAUACAUCAAUCAUAAACUGGAUCGGUUCUUUGACUUUGGUUGUCUCUAUGACUUAACCAUGGAAGUUUUGGCAAAACCAGGAACGGCUAUAUUGGACGUGGUGCAUGAACAGUCGUGGCCAACGACUAUCUAUGCCGGCACUAGCGUCCUGAUUGUUGUUCAUAUCCUCCUGCGUCCUAGAGCGGGCAAACCCGAGGUUAGGCAUUCUCGAUCAAGGUCUAAUGAACUAAUGGAGGAAUUGGAACUUCAACUGGGUAAUGUCCAAACGCAACUUAUGGACAUUCGAGUAUCGUAUCACCAUUCAGCUUUCCCCGAAAUCGCAAAUGCGGAGCCACCUCAAAAGGGGCUCUGCAACCUCCAAAGCCGUAUGGAAACAAAAGCCACAGCAGCUAUUGGGCGUAAAACCAACAGUUCUGUUUGGUCACAUCGAAGCAAGGCACUGCAAAAUAGCCUUUUCCCACUAAUGGUACAGCAUUGGGGGGAUGAAAAAGCAAUCAGCAUGCAGCGGCAGAUCUCAGAUUCUCAGAUGCCGAUGUCGAGAGCCGGCGAAUGCCAUGCUGUUUCGCCCAUGCAACAAACAACUAGCGAAUUUCCCAUGACGUUCAACUUUAACGCAGACCAUCCAAAUCGGACGAGUGGUCUCCAACGGUACGUUCUUGACGGAAAUUCUAUGAAUCCUCGAAAUCCAAGUAGUGGACUGCGAACAAGACAGCGCGUGCAGCUGGUGGAUGGGCCAGAAAACUCCAAACAGGGCCCGAGUACUCCAGUUCGCGAUAUGUACUACUUUGGAGAGAGGGCAUUGCGAGCAUUGGCGCCCACUCCCUGUCCUGACGGUGAUGCGCUGCGCAGACACCAGAAUACAAACGCAAGACUGAAACGCAAGGACUCGAGCUUCUGGGAUUGGGGAUCAUGGUUCUAA